AUGUUCAAGUGCUUGCCUGGUGAUGCAUCUCCAUACCUGAUCAACAAAGUUAGCACGAUGCACGUCGGUGGCUCUCCAGCCUUCAUCGAACCAAGUGCAUCUUAUGACGGUUCCAACCACCAAGUUGAACUAAAAUUACAAGGAAACCCAAAAAAUGUGGUUUUGAUAGUACCGCACGUUGAAGCCACCCACAACAACUUUAGGCUCCGUGAAACAAACAAGAACAUUUGCCGCAUUAAUGCUGCUCUGACACAUCCAGAAUUUAUCUGUCUUAAGAGAACAAGUACCACUACACUGUGCCGGCCUCAGAAAGGCGAGUGCCCUCCAACUCUUCCUCCUAGAUCCGCCACUGAAGCCACUCAAAAGGUUGCAGCUUGUGAAACUCAUCCUAAUAAAAAUGUCUGUGAUAAACCAACUCAAGGUUCAGGGGAAAAUUUGGAAAUGGAGUUUUUUGACCCCUUCAUAGAUACUUGUCUGCUACCAAUUGAAGAACUAUUGUUUAAACAACUAAGUGAUGAGCAUGCAAAAUGUAUGAGAGCUCUGGAAAGAACAAAAUCGUGUUACCAGGAUUUGCUGUACGACUGCCAAUCAAACCAAGUCGCAGUUGAUAUCAUCAAAACACACCAAGCUCGUUACUACGUUUAUUUUUCUCCUUGUGCCGGCAGAUAUCCCAGAAAGUUGGAUACAUUGUUGGAUUGUUUUUGGAUCAACUUUGACAGAACGCAAACUUGCUCAGAAGCCUUCGACACCCGUUUUUUCACGUACGUCAAACAAACGCAAUAUCAGACAGCUUGCAGAGUUUCAGUCCCAAAGCUGCCCCCGCCUAUACCUCUGAUCAUUAACACAAACAAGUCUUUGUUAGCUUCAGCAUGCAUUGUUCUAAGAAAGGAAAUAAUUAGAGUAGAUCAGUCCCAAUUCUCAUCAUACGUUGUCUAG